AAUCCGAUAACAAUCCCAUUUCGUAAAGUGCCCUCCUCGAUCGAUCCACCUUUGUUUUCCCCCUAAAAUUCAUCCAUCCAUCCACAAACCCCACCUUCUUUCUUUCUUUCUGAUCAUCUCCAAAUUCCCAAACCCAUUUGCCAUUUCUUUCAAUUCCCAUGCUUCUACAAUCGGCGCUAAUUCUGUAAGUUUUUACACAUUGCUUGCUUGCUAUGGAGUCGAUCUGGAGUCAAAAUGUCGUCCCGGCUCCUUCCCGUUUUGCGUUCGCCGUUUACUUCGCUUUUGGUUCCUUUGCUACCAGAUUUUUGCUCGAUACAUACGUAUUUCGAAGAGUGUCGAUUUGGUUGAUGAGCACUCCAUUGAAGAUGAAUAAAGCUACAAAUGCAAAGGUUGCAAAACUCACAGAAUCCAUGUGGAAGCUUACAUAUUACGCCACCCUUGAGUUUUGUCUUGUUGCAAUUACUUAUCAGGAGCCUUGGUUUAACGAUAUAACAGGCUAUUUUCUAGGAUGGCCUGAUCAAGAGCUAAAGUUUUCUCUAGAGCUUGUGUAUAUGUGCCAAUGUGGGUUCUACAUCUAUAGCAUUGCUGCCCUCCUUUUGUGGGAAACUAGACGCAAAGAUUUCUCCGUCAUGAUGUCUCAUCAUAUAAUCACUGUUUUCUUAAUUGGCUUCUCCUACCUCACAAGGUUUUUUAGAAUCGGAAGUGUAGUUCUUGCGGUGCAUGAUGCAAGUGAUGUAUUUCUUGAAGGAGCCAAGAUAUUCAAAUACUCUGGUAAGGAGUUUGGUGCGAGUGUGCUGUUUGGAAUGUUUGCUGUGUCGUGGCUUGUACUCAGACUCGUUAUCUUUCCAUUUUGGGUCAUAAGAGCCACAAGCAUACAUCUGCUAGAUGCUUUGAGGCCGUCAGAAGCGUAUGAUAUGAGCGUAUACUAUAUUUUCAAUACUUUGUUGUUGAAUCUUCUCGUCUUCCAUAUCUAUUGGUGGAUUCUCAUCUUCAACAUGAUUAUGAGACAGCUUAAGAACAGAGGACAACUUGGUGAAGAUAUCCGAUCAGAUUCAGAGGAUGAUGAUUAGUUUGGUGAAGGAAGGAAGGAAGGUUUUACAGUUUUAUACAGCCCUGCAUCAAUCACUCACUAUGUAUGUACUUUGGUCUUUAAAAAUAGGGUUGUAUGUUUCCUGCUCAAGAUUACUACUUCUUUUAUUCUUUUUAUCUCUGCUAAUAGAAAAGGCCUAUAAACUAGUUUCAUUU